ACAGCCGGGGUGGUCAACAGUUAGGGCGUUUUGUGGGGGGAUUUAGGGCUCUUCCUCUCCGUCUUUACUCUCACUCGUCCUCCCUCAAACUUAAUAUUUAAAUAUAGUGCAGUGCCGUGUAGCGGAGUGGUCUUGGAACAUGAUGGCAGCGCGCAGGUUUUGGAUAUUUUUUGGAAGUGUAACUAUUCUCGGGACUUUAAUGGUUCAGGUGCAUUGUAAUGAGGAGUCCAAGUUGAUCGGCGACUUGUUCAGAGGCUACAACAAGAAUAUUCGCCCGGCGGUUCAUCCUGAAGACAAGUUGGAUAUUAAGAUCAUGCUGACCCUCACUAACCUUAUCUCCCUGAACGAAAAGGAGGAGACUCUUACAACCAAUGUGUGGAUUGAGAUUCAAUGGAGUGAUUAUCGCCUUGCCUGGAACGAAUCUCUAUAUUAUGGCAUCGAAACUAUUCGUGUCCCAUGCAACACUGUUUGGCUUCCUGACAUUGUCCUUGAGAACAACAUUGAUGGCCAGUUUGAUGUGGCUUACUAUGCCAAUGUGUUGAUCGGAAGCAGUGGUAGCAUGUACUGGCUGCCUCCUGCCAUCUAUCGCAGUACUUGUGCCAUUGAGAUCACCUACUUCCCAUUUGAUUAUCAAAACUGCACGCUAGCAUUCAGAUCCCAGACGUACAGUGCCAAUGAAGUGGACCUCAUGUUGAAUAUUGAUGACGUAACCACUAUUGAGUGGGUGAACAUCGACCCCGAGGCUUUCACAGAGAAUGGCGAGUGGGCUAUAGUCCACCGUCCGGCCAGGAAGAUAAUAAACACACGGUAUUCUCCAGAUGACCUAGAGUAUCAGGAGAUCUUGUUCAAUCUGGUCAUCCAAAGGAAGCCCCUCUUCUAUGUCAUCAACAUCAUCCUGCCCUGCUCCCUCAUCUCCUCGCUGGUAGUGCUGGCCUACUUCCUACCUGCACAAGCCGGGGGACAAAAGUUGACUGUGUCCAUCUCUGUCUUGCUGGCUCAGACUGUCUUCCUCUUCCUUAUUGCUCAGAAGAUCCCUGAGACAUCUCUCUCUGUGCCUCUCAUUGGCAAGUACCUGAUCUUCGUUAUGUCCGUCACUACCCUCAUUGCUACAAAUCAAAUUGUGGUGCUGAACUUCUCCCUGCGCAGCCCCAGCACUCACACCAUGUCCCACACUAUCAAACAUUUGUUCCUGGAAUUGGUACCUCGCUUCCUGGGCAUGUCCCCACUGGUGGAUGACAGUGAGGUGACGACAGAGGUCAACGGAGUGAGGGAGCGGCGCCGCAGCUCCUUUGGCCUCAUGCAGAGAGCAGAGGAAUAUGUACUGAAACAACCUCGCAGUGAGAUGAUGUUUGACAAACAAAGAGAAAGGCAUGGUCUCACACGAUCAAUUGUGGAUAAUAUGGAUAUCAGCAGCACAGCCAACUUGUAUAAGAGUCUGUCCCAAGCUGCACCAGAGAUCAAGCAAUGUGUGGAUGCCUGCAACUUCAUUGCUGAGAGUACGAGACAGCAGAAUAACAUUGGAUCUGAAAUUGAAAGCUGGGUACUGAUUGGGAAGAUGAUCGACAAGGUUUGUUUCUGGGCUGCCCUCUCUCUCUUUAUCAUCGGUACGGUGGCGAUCUUCUUAACAGGACAUUUCAACCGUGCGCCGGAAUUUCCAUUUCCUGGGCAGACCAAAAAAUAUGUCCCGAGUUAAAAAAAGAAACAAAAACCUUUUUGUUCUGAUGUAACCUUUCCAAGGGUCACUGUGCCUCAUGUUGUCUGUAAGGCUGAAUAGUCUUGCUCAUUGAGUCCUAGGCUCACAUUCAGGGUUGAGUUAACGGGGUUUCAAAAAAGAAAAUUAACAAUAAUCUCCGUGUUUAUGUUCACAGCUCAGACUUAACAGUCAGGCAGCUGAGGGUUUUCAUUCAAACUUACAACUUAGUUCUAAGUUCUUCCUCUCAGUGUAAAUUAUUUGGAUGUGUAGAUUAAAUGGGUGGAUCAGGUCUAUUUUAAAAAAGUGAUGUUUCAAGUCAUGAUCAUAAUCAUCAUCAUCAAGUGCAAUUAUUUGUUUUGUGGUAUAAACGAUUCAACAGUGUGAGUUUAAGCAAGUACAGGAGUAUUUAUAGAAACAUGCUGAAGGUGAUUCACCAGCUUUGCUGAGAAUGUUAUUUCUGUUGCAGCGAAGAACCUUACAAGUCUAAACUGACAGCAUUAUGUACUGUAUUACAUGGAACCAUAAGCAGUGUGUAGGACUGGAUUCAUAAAUAGCAAUAAAGAAGGUUCCUUGACUGAUUUUUCCUUGUGAUGUGCUAAAGUUGUCCAUUGUAUCCCACUGCAACAGAUAUCUGAUAAAGUCUGGAUAAGUUUCCCUGUAUGUAGUCUUAUGUGGAGAACCUAUGCAUGUAACUUGAGCCAGCCAACUCCGAAUCAAAGCCUUAUUCUUCUUACUAUGACUUAUUAUUAUUAUCAUUAUUAUCAUUAUUAUUAUUAUUAUUAUUAUUAUUAUUAUUAUUAUUAUUAUUAUUAUAAAGUAUUAUUUUGGGUAUAUGGCUCGGAGUGAUAUUGUCUUGAUUCGUUGUGCCAUGUUUUUUAAAAUAAAUAUAUUAGUUUGUGCAUCAUGACUUGCUUAAUCAAUUUAGUACAAGGUGUGAGUAGUGUGAAAACCUGCAUGACUCAAAAUUAGGAAAAGGCAUUUUAAUCUUUAAUUGAAUGUCAGUAGUUGUGUAUGUACUGUAUAAUGUAAACUCCUCAAAACCUUAAAUGUUAUAGCAGGAAGUACAUAGAACCGAUUAGCAAAAGAAAAACAAAUCAUUUGUAAAGUUGUGAUAUAUUGCACAUGUCCUAUCCAAUGUGUUUAUUCACUUAAACGUAUAACUUUUCAAUUUCAUCAAGUCUGCUCUCUUUAAGCCCAGUUCAAGUAAGUGGGUGUUUGAGAGCGAUAUUAUGAGAAGUGCUAUGUACAAUAUGUUCCUGGGAAAAACAGAGGCAUACAGUACAAUAAUUGAAAAAGGUUGGAUCUGUUGUCAAGUUAUAUUAUUUUUCAUCAUGUAUGUAUCAACUGGAUA